UCAGGAAUAUAAUUCACUUCUAUUCACUUAAUAUGUUUCACUUCAUAUUCAGACAGGCCUAUAAGAAGAGCAAGUACUGCUUUUAUAGUCAAAAUUCUUUGAAAUGCGCACUUUAUUCGACGAUGAAUUUUCAAUUCGGUCUUGCAGCAGCCCCGGUUACACCACUUGACAAAAAUGGUGAAGUAAAUGUCUCUAUUAUUGGCAAAUAUAUUGAUAUUUUGCUGGAACAAGGAAUUCGAAGUGUCUAUGUGAAUGGUUGCACUGGCGAAGGGCCGAGCUUCAACGUCCAAGAACGCAAACUCGUUGCAGAAAAAUGGGUGGAAUACGGCAGAAAUAAACUGGAUAAAAUCAUAAUUCAAAUUGGUGGGACAAACAUGAAAGACUCGCAAGAACUAGCCGUUCAUGCACAAAAAGUUGGGGCAUCUGCAAUCGCUUCCCUUCCUCAUUUAUUUUAUCAAUCUGACGUGUCAAGUUUGAUCGAGUAUUGUGCUGAAUUAACCAGUGUUGUACCUGAAAUGCCCUUCAUGUAUUACCAUAUACCAGGCUUCACUGGGGUUAAUAUUAAAGUCGAAGAAUUUCUGGAAGCCGCACAGCACAAGUUGCCAAGUUUGGUCGGGGUGAAAUACACUCACAAUGAUCUCUUUGAUGCCACCCAAAGUACAUUGGUAGGAGGGGGCAAAUAUUUGGUCAGUUUGGGUGGAGACGAUUUGUUGCUGUCAGGUUUGGUGUUAGGUAAGGGUUAUAUAUUCUGUAGCUGGGUUUUCAUCAAGUACAAAUAGCCUGUGUCACAAACCUUACUGCCAGUGAGGGCUAAGUACAAUGGGCACUAUUCCAUUUAGUAUCUGUAGGAAGCUUUUUUAAAAACUAACCCUUCCACAGGGGCGGUGGAAUAGGUUUUAUAUGGGGGGGGGCUAAAUUUCAACUUGGAAACACAACACACGUUACAUAAUCCAACUGCAUUGGGCCAUUCCAUUUAAUAUAGGCACCCCCCCCCUGUUGAGGGGUCCCUUCAUAAUCCCCUUAGGAUAUAAAAAUUUUAGAACCCCCUUGGAUGCGAUUUUUGGAAGUUCCCCCAUGGAUAUCUUUAUACCCCCUUUAGGAUAUCGUUUUUACCCCCUUGGAUAUCACUAAAACACCUAAUUUUUGCUAUUUUUUGAAAAUUUCUUAAUUUAAGCUACCCUCUAGGAAAAUUUAAGGUAACCCCCCAUAGGAUAUCCAGACCCCUCAAUAGGGGGGGGGGUGCCUAUAUUAAAUGGAAUGGCCCAUUGGGCUUUUGUUCAAAGCACUAUUCAAGGCAGUAGGGUAGGAAGUUAGGAGGGCUGAAAAUUGGGGGGGGGGUCAAAAAUUGAGGCUCAGAAAUGUAUUAAUAUAUUGCACUUUCUGGCAUCGAGUUGAAGGAUGUGGACAAAAAAAAUGCUUCAAAAAAUCACUUCAUUGGUUUUGGUGGUUUGGAUGACUUGGUAGGGACUAGAAUCUAUAAUAAUAUCUAUAUAAAUAUUAUAUCUAAUUACUUAAUUAGGAAUAUAUCUAUACACUUAAUCUAUUUUUAAGGUGGCUUAGCUCCCCUGUGAAAAAUGUUAUGGGUGCUGAAGUCCCCCCCUCAGUUAAAUUCACUUAAGGAAUAUUUUAUUGACCACAAUGUUGGUUAUUUUGUUGACAGUUCACUUUGCCUUUAGGCAGCAAUCAAGAAUCUUUGUUAUCAUCUUACUCUGAUCUCUUUUUUUUUGGCGGGGGGGGGGGGCUCAGGUCCUUCAUUUUACUUCUGGGGAGGUCAGAUGUGGGUUGUAUGAUGUAGGGGUACACCGGAUGAGAACACAAUUAUGUACAACAACAACAUCAAUAACAACUGCAACCUUGACUAUAACAAGUCAACCUUGACAACGGCAACAACAACAGCAAGGACAACAGCAGCAGCAGCAACAAUAACCACAACAACCCAAUGACAACAGCAAGUAUGAUAAACAAAUUAAACCAGUUUACAUUUUAGUUUCAUUUUUUUAUGACUUAGUCAUGUUUGAGUUGUGUACUUUAGCGAUGGGCCAAUACCAAAUAUUAGACACCAUUGAUACCAGUGUAAAAUAUCUUAUUAAUUACUCCAUCUAAUGCCAAACGAUUUACUUGUCAGGAGAGUGCUGGCACUCAAUGGGUUUAACUGUAUUUUUUAUUAGGUAUAAAGUCUUCAAUUGGCCUCACAUACAACUACUGUGGCAAAGUAAACUGCUCAAUUCUUGAAGCUUACAACAAGCAAGACAUGGAUCAGGCAAGGAAACUUCAACUUGAAGUUCACCAAUAUUGGAAAAUUUUCAUGAAAUAUGGUGGAAAUGCUGCUGCAGUAACUCGAGCAUGUUUGAUUUUGCUGGGAUUGGAUGUCGGGCCACCACGAUUGCCUAAUAUGCCUUUGAAUAAUGAGGAAUUGAAAUUGUUGAAAAUAGAUUUGCAGAAUUUUUUGACAGUGAAUAAACUUUGACUUGUCUCAUCUGUUUCUAGACCUAAUCUUAAUGCAACCCUGUUUCAACUUGAAACAAUUAAGAAUGACAGCUCUCUGCUAUCUUUUCUAUAUUUAAUAGGAUUUAAUAAUUAUAGUCAUUUAUAUUUAACUCUCUGUGUGACCAAUUUAAUAGUCUAUCAAAAUAUGAUGGUCUGGACAGUAAACAGAACACAGAAGUCAUUGUGUUUUGUUUCAGUUUAUUUUAAUUUGUUGCACAGUCACAGCAAUUGAACUCAUUGUAUUUACAUAAUUAAGUUAAUAG